CACUGCCCGCCCCGAGCCCCGCGGCGAGCGGAGCGGAGCGGCUCGGUGGGGAUCGCACGGAUCGGCUCGGCGCGGCUCGGGACGCAACAUGAGGAUGGCGAGGUUGUUGCGACUGCUGUUGGCCCUGGCGCUGGGGCUCUCGCUGCUGCUGCUCGUGGCCGGUGACUUCUGCGAUGUGAACCACUGUCAGAAUGGGGGCACCUGCCUGACUGGGAUUAAUGAGGCCCCCUUCUUCUGCAUCUGCCCUGAGGGCUACGUUGGGAUUGACUGCAAUGAGACGGAGAAAGGCCCCUGCCACCCCAAUCCUUGCCACAACAAUGGCGAGUGCCAGCUGGUCCCAAACCGAGGGGACGUCUUCACUGACUACAUCUGCAAGUGCCCCACGGGGUACGAUGGGGUGCACUGCCAGAUCAACAAGAACGAGUGCUCCUCCCAACCUUGCAAAAAUGGAGGCACCUGCCUGGACCUGGAUGGUGACUACACCUGCAAGUGUCCUUCUCCAUUCUUGGGGAAGACCUGCCACGUCCGCUGUGCUGUUCUCCUGGGCAUGGAAGGAGGAGCCAUCUCUGAUGCCCAGCUCUCGGCAUCCUCUGUUUACUACGGCUUCCUCGGCCUCCAGCGCUGGGGACCAGAGCUUGCCCGCCUCAACAACCAUGGCAUUGUCAAUGCCUGGACCUCCAGCAACUAUGACAAGAGCCCCUGGAUCCAGGCCAACCUGCUGCGGAAGAUGCGGCUGAGCGGGAUCAUCACGCAGGGCGCGCGCCGCGUGGGGCAGCAGGAGUUCGUCCGCGCCUACAAAGUCGCCUACAGCCUGGAUGGGCGGGAGUUCACCUUCUUCAAGGAUGAGAAGCUGGAUGUAGACAAGGUUUUUGAGGGGAACAUGGACUAUGGCACCAUGAAGACCAACAUGUUCAACCCCCCCAUCACGGCCCAGUUCAUCCGCAUCUACCCCGUGAUGUGCCGCCGGGCCUGCACGCUGCGCUUUGAGCUCAUCGGCUGUGAGAUGAACGUGUAUUUCAACACGGCAGGUUGCUCGGAGCCUCUGGGCAUGAAAUCCCGCCUGAUCUCCGACCAGCAGAUCACAGCCUCCAGCGUCUACAAGACCUGGGGCAUCGAUGCCUUUACCUGGCACCCCCAUUACGCUCGCCUGGACAUGACGGGCAAAACCAAUGCCUGGACCGCGCUAAACAACGGCCAGUCCGAGUGGCUGCAGGUGGGUCUCUGGGCCCUCCCUCUGUAUCUCCUCCCCAGCUUCUCCAGCUGU